AGCAUUUAAAAUAAAGAAACAAAAGGCGUGCAAAAAGUUACUCCCUUUUCCGAAUUUCUUGGCAAAAUUUUUCCUUUCAUUUUCAGCGUUGGUAGACUGACAUAAGCCUCCUCCGUAUCUAUUUGGAUUUCCUAUAAACAUGCUCUGCAUCUCCGUAUCUUCAGCCUCCAGGGCGGUGCCUUUCCGUUGAGAAGUUUCAAACUUUCAAUGAGUUAGACCCUACCGAUAUUCCAGCGUUUUCUUUUGUAUGCAAACCAACAACAAGGGGUUCGAAGGUAAGCUUGGUAGUUCGUAUGAAUGAACAUUGCGUAGGAUGAAUUCAUAAUUUUUUAUGGGAUUAAGUUGAAUUUGGAUCCUGGGUAAUCAACAUUUGCAUUUGUUUGUCUGGCUAUCCAUUGAAUUUGGUUCGUAUUGGGGUGAAGAUCAGAUCUUUUGUGUAAUUCCCAGCUGCUUUGAAUGAAAAGAUUGAUUUUUAGGAGUUAUUAUUUUUGCUUUAUUGAUUGAUUAAUGGUAGCUUUGAUAAAUAUGGAGCAUAGUAUUGGAGGAUUGAAUGGUGAGAGUGAAGGGGAGGAGAUGGAAAGAAUCCCACUAUCCCAUAACCAUCGUGUUAGUCAAAACCUAGGAUUGCGCUUUCGUAAUUCUGGAGAUGUAAAACUGAAAUCAUAUGUUUUUGAUGGAGAAGGGAAUUAUUAUGAUAAAGAUUGGGAAAUCUCACCAGAGGGUAAUAAUGGCAGAGAGUUUUGUUGGUACCAUGUGGAGCUUCCCAAGUACAACCAGAAACUUUCACAAUCUGCGCAAUGCCUUAUUGAUGUCCUCUGCCCCCCUCUUAAACUCCAAGACAUUCUAUCACUUGUUAGCAAUGGACCUUUCUGUGGGAAUGUUGAUGGUGCACUUGUCUUCAGGGUGAAUUCACCAGGACCCGCAUCGAGUAAGUUCACUUUCAGAAUUGCAGCAAGAAUUACUGAGCAUUCGGUUAUUACGGUUUCAUUAGGACGUGUCCCGAGAUUGGAAUUCUCGCGGACAAACGAGUCCCUUCUCUCAGAGGUUCCGGUUGUGGAAAAUCCUGGUUAUGGUCAUUUGCAAGAGAAGGAGAGGGGUGGGAUUGUAAUUAGGGAACAUGUUCUUGAUUUCCUAUUGACGAUGAACCACUCUGAGGAAGCAGAUAAUCCUGUCCCCAAAUCUGUGUCCAAUCUUGUUGUUCACGUUAUAGACACUCAUGUUGAUCAGCUUCAAGAUGUUGUGACUAAUCUGGAGAUUGAGUUGGACUCUGUGGAAUUGGAAUUGGACAGAGGUGAAUUUGCAUUGAAGAAACUAAUGUUAGAUGAUAGAAGAUUUCCAAAAAUGCAUCUUGACUUGCAACGCCUUCUACUGGUGAUUUCAUAUGGAGAGCAAGUAUAUCCACGAGUCAAGGAGAAGUGUUCUUCAAAAGAUUGGUUUUCCAGUGAAGACAUUGUCUCCCUAGAAGAGUUAAUUAGUCGACUGAGAAGAUUGAAGGAGAAUGUUGGGUUUAUAGCUAACCGUGUCACAGUUGUUCAAGCUGGUCUUGACAGCUGGCAGUCUGAGCAAAUAAACCGCAAACUUUACUACCUCUCCUUCUUAUCCAUCAUAUUUCUUCCUUUAUCCGUAAUAACUGGAGUGUUCGGGAUGAACGUGGGAGGGGUUCCUUGGACUAACCAAAAAGAACCAGAGUUGAAAGAUGGUUUUAGGAAUGUCAUGUUUCUGUGUGUAGCUAUGUUACUGUUUGUUCUUCUCUGCUUCCUUUUCCCGACUCUUUAUAGUCAGUUCAUGGCUUGGAAAAGAAGACAGGCUAUGAGAAGAAGUUGGUCCAUCAACCGUAGAUCUUUUGUUAGAAGAGGUACAGGCUGCACUGAUAGAACGGGAAGAGGCGGCUAUCUUCGUCUGUAUUAGAGAAUCAAAUGUGUGGUCCGUCUUUAGCGUAAGCUAUUAGUUUGUGCUGGUCAGGAUUGUGCAAAUGAAUCAAUUGGAAACUCAUUGCUGCUGAACCAUUUCUGAACCGGAGAUCCAAACGAUUAGAAAUUACCAUUUGCUAGAAAGGGUAAAAGAGAAGGUACCAGUUUUGUAAAUUGGCUCCAUCUUCAGACUCCAUUUCUUUUCCGUGUUGCCGCUCUCUGUAUAGAUGUUUUUCCCUUUGGUUUCUUGUUUUAAUUUUUUAUCACGUGUUAUUUGUAAAUUUUAAGCUUAGUUUACUCGAUUCAGGCCCCCAUUUUACUCAAUUCAGGUUGAUGCACAAUCUUGACUCCAUUCCCUGACCCUUUUAAGCAGUAAUUUUAAAACAACUAUUUGAUGAUGUUUUGGACUUGAAGAUGAUUGAAUUGAAGAUAACUUAAUGUUCAAAUCUUUUGAAGGACAAAUAUUACUUAAU